AUGGCAAAAAAGCGAUUAGAUGCUAACAAGUUAGUCAAGGACGAAAAUUGUAUGUAUUUAAACAGUUGGACCACUUCACGGUGUCAUGUGAAAGGGCUAUCAAGAUCGUCAUUCGAAGAAGCAGAAAUAGAACUAGAUAGUAUGCUUAACAGAAGCGACAACAACAUUGAUGAUGAGAGAAAAAGACAAAGCUUUACAGUUACAAGGAACACCAACUAUUAA